UUGAAAACACACGACGGAAUUGUGAAAUAAAUUGCAGGUGGUAAACAAUCAUCGACCGGCUCAAAAGCUGAUCAAAUAAAUUGAGAAGCAAUGCCGUUUUAAACGAUGACUCAAAGAUAAAUCGCCUUAAAUUUCAGUACGACUUUGUUUUUCACUUCAUGGUACUGUUGUCAUUGAACAUCGCGGAAAUAACACGCAAUUGACUGUUUCAAUGUCUCAUCAGUAAAUUAGCAAUAUUCUUUUACAAUUUGAUACCCGUGUGGUAGUCAUAUUUUCGUUCCAUUGCCGUCGUACGUGAUAACGACCCCUUUUUCCUUAUCUCAAUCCACAACAUUUCGCCUUUCAUUUAAUCAAAUAAAAGCGACCUAAUUAUUCAUCAUCACAACAUUCGAAAUUUGCUCUAUAAUUUGUUCUAAAUAAAAACAACGUAAACAUGCUUGACUCGCUCUUGCAUAAUCCGUGCGAUUUUAUAGCGAUAAUAUGACUUUGAAGAAAAACAAAACAAAACAUGAGAUUCGUCACGACUACAACUAUACCAGUCGAAACACUAACACACGACACAACCAGAAAAACAAGUGAGAAAAAGAAAGUCCGACAUGAUUACAGCUAAUUGCUAUGAAUAUAAUAGCACAGGUGUCUCUAUAACGAGAAUAGUUUACCUUGGAAAUCGUUACAUCUUUAAAUCAUGUCGUAAUGUUCAUAUUAUUAUAAUCAAUCUUUGAUUAAAAACAAAUAACAAUAACAAGAUACUAUCAAACAACAAAUGUUUCGUUAAAUAUUCGUUGAGUGCGGUGUAGAUGGUGUUGCCAGCGAUGUCAACAUUCUACUGUCAGUCGUAUUCGUCUGACAGAUCAAAUGUGUUGAUAAACUCAUCACGAUACUCACAAAACGCCGUGGAAUUGUUUCUGUUCGAUUUUCUUGAGACAAGUGGGCCAGGAAAAACAUAUGUUUUUCAUGUUUUAAGUUCACAUUGGAAUUUCUUUCAACAUUGAAAUAUUCUACGCAAUUAAAUAUCACCAUUUCUUUCGAAACGAAUGUAAGGAAAUCGAUAGUUGUUUUGAAAGCGGAACGGAGUAUAAUGAUCAGUUUUGUGCUACAUCACGCGCUCUUAUCAACGACACGGAUUCUAUGUGAAAGCAUCUAACGAAAUAACAUUCGAUAUUACGAAUGGUUUUCAUUGAUGGCAUCAGACACAAAACAAACCAUUCACUUGUAAUACUCAAAACACACAUAGUCCGUACAUUCGCUUCGAAUAGAUUAAUCAUUUAAUAGAAAUUAAUAUUGAAAACACUGCUCGCUGAUAUGGCAUAUUUAUUGAUAUUUGGUAUUAUCGUUGCCUUAACAUUGGCCACAGCGUCUCUUUAUCGGUAUGGAAACGUUCAGCGACAGCAUCCACUUGUGACGUUGUCCGUAUUGACAGCUUGGAGUUUUUCGUUUUUGAUUGUAUUUACGAUUCCACUCGAUGUGACCUCGACGGUCUAUCGUCAAUGCAUUCACCCGACAGUCAAUGAUAAUGAUGAUAAUACUCUACAAUCCAUUAGUAAAACAGUGUCUAAUUCUUCAAAUACGUGCCAGAAACCAUGGGGAAUGGUCUCCGAAGAUGUAUUUCCAAGUCUAUGGCGGAUUAUCUAUUGGACAUCACAGUUUCUUACAUGGUUGAUUAUGCCCCUAAUGCAAUCUUAUUUGAAAGCUGGUGAUUUUACCAUAAAAGGAAAACUGAAAGCAGCUGUUAUCGAUAAUGCCAUUUACUAUGGAUCCUAUUUAUUCAUAUGUGGUAUUCUCUUCAUUUAUUUGGCUCUAAAACCGGAUGUUCAAUUGGAUUGGCAAAAAUUAAAAGCAAUUGCUUCAUCGGCAUCAAAUACUUGGGGUUUAUUUUUGCUUGUCUUACUUCUAGGUUUUGCAUUAGUUGAGGUGCCAAGAAGUUUAUGGGAGCAUUCCUGGCCGGGUGUAACACUGAAACAAGCCUAUUUUAAAUUGGCCAAGUUAAAUAUCGACAAGGCCGAUGCCGAAGAGAAUGUCGAUGAUGUAUUAGAAUCACUAAAUGCAGUGAGUCAAGCCACGCCUCUAACGCAUGAACUUCGACCGUGUAUCGAUACAAUUUUGCGCAAAGUACCAACUGAACUAAUGGAGCGGGUGCGACGCCAUCGAAGUGACGGAGGACAAUCGAAUGCUGUGCCAUCUGAAAAAUCUCUAAUCCGCUUACACAAACAAGUCAUAAAGUCUAUUCAAACAUUUCAGCGCACCGACGCGCUUUGGAACGUUCAAGUCGAAAAGGUUCUACAUUUAGAAGACGUUGAAAAGAAUUUAAAUUCACUGGACCGUCGUUUCAAAACCGAAUUUCCGCAACAACGAACAAAAUUACAUGAGAUGAUUUGUAAUCCAACGCUUGAUUGGUAUUGGCAAUGCAAAUUAAGGCCACCAUUCAUGCGGUCAAUGGCAAUCGUUUUGGGUGUACUAUCAUCGAUGGUGGUAUGGAGUGAAUUAACGUUUUUUAAUAGAAAGCCGGUUCUAUCGAUAUUUGCAAAUGUGGUGAAUGUGGCCAAAGAAAAUCAUGAUUUUCUUACAAUUGAACUCUUUUCAAUGAUUACACUGUGCUAUUUAUGCUACUGCGCUUAUUCAACUGUUUUUCGAAUUAAAUUCUUGAAUUUGUACUACUUAGCACCGCAUCAUGCGACAAAUGAACAUAGUUUAAUAUUUAGUGGAAUGCUUUUAUGCCGUUUGACACCGCCGAUGUGUCUAAAUUUCCUGGGACUCAUUCACAUGGACUCGCACGUCAUUAAAACUCAAGUUUCCGAAACUUUUUACACACAAAUUAUGGGUCACAUGGACGUCCUCGGAAUCAUUUCGGAUGGAUUCAAUAUUUACUUUCCGAUGGUGAUACUUUUUUUCUGCAUAAGCACUUGGUACAGUUUGGGAAGUCGAGCACUCAACGCACUCGGUUUUCAGCAAUUUAUGCUGAAUGAAAUCGAUCAAAAUGAAUCGAUUUCAAAUGAAUUCAUACAAGAAGGAAAGGGUUUAAUUGAUCGUGAGAAACGGCGACGACAACGAUCCGAAGAGAGUCGAAUGCGACGAAGAGGCCAACAAUUGCCAGCUCGUGAACUGUCCAACUAUCGUGCUAGUCCGGCUCAAAACAAUGGCCGUAAUGGUGGUAGCGGAGGAGUUGGUGGCUUUGAAACAUCGCAACGUACUUCAAAUGAUGGUUUGCUUGGAGAUGGCGAUUCAUUCGAUUACAAUGCAACAAAUCAAAUGGGACGAACAUUUUCCACCGAAAUCAAUGAACGAUUCGGAGAUAGCACACAGAUAAAAGUCGGAUUUAAAGGCUACAAUGAUUUGGAUUCGGACAAUGACGACAGCAGACAUUGGAGCAAUAUAAAAGACGGAGCGCCGCGAAAUCUUUUCGAUGACGUUUAAUAUAAGAAAUUGAGCACUAUUUUUAUUUUAUUUAUCCAUAUGGUCCGAAAGUAUUGGUGCAACCCUUACACAAAUUACACAAUGGAAAAAAAUUGAAAAUGUUUUUUUCAUGUAUUCUAGUCUCUCAAACGACAUUUUAUCAACACUAAAUUUAAGGGGAAACCAGUUUUGUGUAUAAAAAUGUAAGGUGUAUUUAAGCACAACUAAGAAUGAAUCAUGCAUUUCUCAUUGGGAAAAAAGCAGCAUUCGUUUUGAUUAAACGGUUUUAUAGCAUUGCCACGAUAAAAAGUCCACAUUACGUGCAUUUUUUUUUAGUUAAUGACCAUUUUCCCAACAAAAAAUCCUCUAUUCCACUGUAAAUGGGAGAAUUUCUUUUAUGAUAUCAAAAGAAAGAUGUGUACACAUUUCUAUUUAGAUUUUUCUUGCCAACAUCUAAAAUGUUAUCAUC